CAUACAUCACACCGCAAGUAUGUCUUCGGGAUACAUUGCAGACAUCGCUAAAACCGGAUUUGGAGAAGGUACGAAUGAGCUAUAUGAUAGAGCACGUCCAAGCUAUCAACCCUCAGUGAUUGCACACAUUCGCGAAUGCAUCACGAACCCCGAACCUCUUACUAUUGUCGAAAUCGGCUCCGGUACAGGCAUCUUCACUCGCGCUCUUCUGUCCCACCCCGGGUUUUCCAACUCUGUAAAGGAGCUGAAGGCCGUUGAACCCAGCGACGGCAUGCGUAACUUUUUCCUCAAGUCGACGGUCGAGACGGAUCCCGAAAACAGGGUAAACGUGAGGGAUGGGACAUUCGAUAAGACCGGCAUCGAGGACGGGGUUGCAGACAUGAUCGUUAUGGCUCAGGCUUUUCACUGGUGUGCAGAAUCUAUCCAUGAAGCGACAGCCAAAGAAUUUUCCAGGAUCUUGAAGCCAGGCGGGAUAAUCGUCAUGAUAUGGAACACAGAGGAUACUGACACCGCAGCUUGGCUCUCCCAGGUCAAGACCCUAGUCGAUAGCUAUGCUACUCCAGAUCAAAUGGUUUUCCGCUCAAGCCUCAACAAAAACUUCUUCUUUACUCCGACCUACACUCAACUCUUCGAAGCUCCUACGCAUACAGAAUUGCCAUUUGUCCUUCCAGGAACCAUCGAUAUUGCAGUCCAGAGGUCGUUGAGCAAGAGUCCUUUGGCUUCGCAGAACGACGGAGAGAGGAAGAAGGCGGAGGAGGUUCUGAUGGGGAUUGUACGGAACGGAGAGGGGAUGGUGUGGAUUGACGAAGAGAAGGGAGUGUUUGAGUACCCUUACAAAACACUGUCAGUGAUCGUGAAGCAGAAGGACGCUGAGCUUGGAUCGUGAUAGAGCUCUUUGCGGCGAAUGAGGCUUCAUAGAUUAUGCCAGUUUCAGUAGGACUAUUUUUGUCAACUCGUUUGGGCAGAAUGAACUAAAUAUACACCUUCAGCUGGGGAAACGGACUCAUGAUAAAACGGG